AUGGAUUCCAUCUUUCAAUUGAGCGGUUGUACGCCAGAACAACAAGUCCCGUACGUUUCUGAGUUGUUUGCAGAUGAAACUCGAUUAUGGUGGAACCUUCAGAUUCGAAUAAUGGGCGCGACUGCAGCAUAUGUGUUAACAUGGGGUGAACUGAAAGGAAUGAUGCAUAAGAAGUAUUGCUCCCAAAUGGAAACCCAGAGGUGGGAAGGUGAAUUCCGGAGCCUGAUGAGGGAAGGUCCAAAAGUGUUAGAGUACGUGCAAAGACUCCACGAUUUGUCACGAGUUGUUCCGUACCUGGUGAAACCAGAAAUGAAGGAAUUGGGACAAUUCAUUUGGGAACUGGCGCCUCAAGUCUUGAGCUUGAUGACAACAUCAACACCACCAACAACUAUUGCUGCAAGUAAGAUGGGUUUGGCACUCGCUACGGAAGCACUUAGACUGGAAAAACUUACUAACCCUACCAAGAAGAAGGAGACUCAGGUUGAGUCAUCCGGAAAGAACAAAAGGAAGCUCACCGAAGAUUCCCGAACGGAUAAUGAUGAACAAAGAACUGUUCGAGGGCCUGAUAGAGCAACAGUUGCUGUGGUUUCGAGCAAUAAUGAAAACGAGCAAGCAGAAAAUGAUGAAAUUAAAGAGUAUUAUGAUUGUAGGUAUAUAUCGGCUUGUGAAGCCUCUUGGAGGAUUUUUUCGAAUGAAGUUAAUUAUAGGAGUCCUUCUGUUAUGAGGUUGCCUUUCCAUCUUCCUGGACAACAAACAGUUUAUUUCGGUCCUGAUGAAGAUAUUAAUCACGUGCUAAACAAGCCAUCUGUGAACUCAUCAAUGGUUUUGUCUUGGAUGCAACGUAAUCAAGAUCCUGACGACACCGUUGCACGUACAUUAACAUAUGUACAGUUUCCACGUUUUUAUGUGUGGAAGCUUGACCAACGUAUAUGGGUUCCGAGAAUAAAAGGAAAAACAAUUGGCAGAAUUCAUUCCGUUUCUCCGUCUACCGAUGAAGCGUACUAUUUAAGAAUUCUUCUUAACAAAGUUAAAGGACCAACAUCGUUUGAUGAUAUUAAAACAGUUAAUGGUCGAGUGUACGAUACUUUUAGAGAUGCUUGCUAUGCGCUUGGUUUGUUGGAUGACGACUCGGAGUACAUUGAGGCCAUCAAAGAAGCAAAUAUAUCAGGUAGCGCAGGUUAUAUUCGCAAUUUAUUCGCCACCAUGUUACUGUUAAGCACUUUAUCUAGACCUGAAGUAGUCUGGGAAAGCACAUGGAAGUAUAUGACAGAUGAUUUUCUUUACAGAUUCUCAAAGUAUCAUCGUGUUUCAGGUUUAUCAAUUCCUGAUGAGCAACUAAAGAACUAUGUUUUAUGCGAAAUUGAGAAGUUUUUAACUCGAAAUAAUUCAUCGCUUCGAAGAUUUGUAUCAAUGCCUUACCCAGAUACUUCAUCUUUAGAUAACUUUCGCUGCCGAUUGAUUAACGAAGAGCUUGCAUACGACAGAACAGAUUUACAAAAUGUUUAUCAAGGUCAGGUGAAUUUGUUAACGGAUGAACAACGUUCAGUAUAUGAAGAAAUUAUGAACGCAGUUGAUGGAGACAAUGGAGGAGUAUUUUUUGUUUACGGUUAUGGCGGGACUGGUAAAACAUUUUUAUGGAAAACAUUGUCUGCUGCAAUUAGGUCAAAAGGUGAGAUCGUAUUAAACGUUGCAUCUAGCGGAAUUGCAUCAUUGCUGUUGGAUGGAGGAAGAACGACGCAUUCUAGGUUUCAUAUACCUUUGAAUCUCAAUGAGGAUUCCGUUUGCCACAUUAAACCUGACGAUGAUGUAGCUAAAUUACUACAACAGACCAAACUCAUUAUAUGGGAUGAAGCUCCUAUGGUUCAUAAACAUGCAUUUGAGGCUUUGGAUAGAACUAUGCAUGACAUUUUUAAUAUCUCUAAUUCAUCCAAAUCUGAUGUUCUAUUUGGAGGAAAGGUUAUUAUUUUUGGUGGUGAUUUUAGGCAAAUAUUACCUGUUGUUCCAAACGGUGGACGACAAGAAAUUGUGAAUGCCUCAUUAUGUUCAUCUUAUUUGUGGAGGAAGUGUCAGUUGUUGACGUUAACUAGAAACAUGAGGUUAACCGUUGGAAGAUCGUCAUUUGAAGUUGAAGAGAUCAAUAAUUUUGCAAAAUGGUUGUUGGACGUUGGUGAGGGAAAUGUUGAUGGUUCGAAUGAUGGAGAAGCAAUAAUUGAAAUACCACCUGAGAUUUUAAUUGACAACACAUCUGAUCCAAUUUCUAGCCUUAUUGAUUUUGUCUAUCCGUCAAUCUUGGAGAACUGCAAUGAUCGUAAUUACUUUAGUACUAGAGCUAUACUUGCGCCUAAGAAUGAGGUGGUUCACGAGAUUAACGACAGAUUGUUGGCACUUUUCCCAGGUGAAGAAAAAGAGUAUCUUAGUUCUGACAGUCUAUGCCCUACUGAAGAUGGCAAUGCUGAUCAGCAAAAAAUAUACUCACCCGACGUGCUGAAUGGUCUUAAAGUAUCUGGCUUACCAAAUCAUAGGUUAGUGCUUAAAGUUGGUGUUCCAGUAAUGUUGUUACGAAAUAUUGACCAACGAAAUGGUUUGUGUAACGGUACAAGGUUAAAGGUUACAAAACUUUACAGCCGUGUAAUUGAAGCUGAGAUAAUUUCAGGUGGAAAUAUUGGUUCUCGGACAUUCAUACCUAGAAUGAAUUUGGUACCUUCGGACAGAAAGAUUCCUUUUGCAUUUCAAAGGAGGCAAUUUCCAAUAACGAUGUCAACACUGCCGGUUCAACUCUUAUUCGCCAAAAGGCAUGAAAACAUCAUGAAGAUUUCGUUAAGAAAAACUUAA